CCUGGGCGACCGAGACCCGUGACUAACAAUGUGUGUAUGUGUGUUUGAGUGUGUUGGGGGUGUAGCUGGCGACCCUGCAGAGAGCUGCAGACCUUCUUUGGUUCAUGUGGAGGAAUUCGUGCUCAGAAAACUCCUCCACAGUGGGUCAGACGAAGAGCGACUGUGAAGUCAAAUAUCUCGCUGUCACAUGAGUGGACGGAGCGGACCGGGCCCCAGUAUCUAGCGGACCCGCGUCCUGGCCUCAGCCGUGACUAGUGGGUCUGAUGGCUGUGCGGUCAAGGACGGGUUUCUACCGGCAGGAGGUAAACAGAACCGCGUGGGAGGUUCCUGAGAGGUACCGGGAUCUGAAACAGGUCGGAACAGGAGCCUAUGGGACAGUGUGGUGAGUCACUUAUCGAGAUGGAUUGAAGUUGGGAAUCAGCUGAUUUGGUGGCAGGGUUGUGAUUAUAUGCAAACAAGUAGGGUGGACUACAGUCUUUAAAGUACACUAAUAGAUACUAGUUUUGGUAUUUUCAGUUCCUUCAUUGCAGGGGUAGAGCAAAAGCGCUUCUGUUUAUAUAAAAGAAACAUUUGCAUCUUAAAUUAAGAAGUUAUUUCUCUAUUUCCCCUUUGAGUUCUUCCCUCAAUAGUUGUUCUUCUGCUAUGAUAUUCCUGCUUUGGUGGUUUUACUUCCACCAUGAUAUUUCUGUAUUGGUAGCACUGCUUGUGUGGGGUAUUUUGGGUCCACAGCUGGCUCUGCGGGGCCUCCUCUGCAUUGUGUUGUGUGGGUGAGGGUCAACAAAGAAAACCACCCCCCAAUCUCAUUGUUGAAGAAGUCAAAGAGCCUGAUUUAAGUCCAUUGAAAGUCCUACUACUUUGUCUUCAACCCCAAAUAGACCCUCUUUCACUGCAGACAUGGUAAUGGGUAAUAGUAAGAGAGAUUCGGGUGUAGUAUCAUUAAUGAGGCACUGUUUCAUUUAGGUGUCACUGAUUAUAUCUGUAGGUUUGGGAUUACAUUUGUUGUGAAAUGGUCUGUUAAAUUUAAAGCGAAGUUUGGAUUCUCUCUCUUAGUUUGUAGAUGAGUUAUGCUGAUGUACGUGUUUGUUUCAGUUCAGCAUGGGACCGCAGAUCGAGCACGCAGGUGGCCAUCAAGAAACUCCACCGGCCUUUCCAGUCCAAACUGUUUGCCAAGCGCGCUUACAGAGAGCUGCGACUCCUCAAACACAUGAAGCACGAAAAUGUAAAAACACUCAUUGAAUACAAGGAAAAAUAAGUUUAAACAGCAUAUUUAAACUUCAUUUGAUUUAAACUUGUGUUAAAGUUGAUCUUAUUUUGCUUUUAUUUCAGGUGAUUGGACUCUUGGAUGUUUUCACUGCUGAAAUCUCUUUAGACCGCUUACGUGACUUGUAAGUUUCGGUCAGUUUCUGAGUACUUAUAAGAAAUCUGUCGCUGAUUUCCCCCAGACUGACUCUCCCUCUCUUGUCUAUAGUUACCUGGUGAUGCCGUACAUGGGCACUGACCUGGGCAAGCUGAUGAAGCUGGAGAGAUUAACAGAAGACAGAGUGCAAUUCCUGGUUUACCAGAUGCUCAGAGGACUUAAGGUACACCCCAACCACAAUGCAUAAAUAGUGACCGUCUCCUCCUCUGCUCUAGAACAUCUUGUUUUAUCAGUUUGAUCAUGUGAAAAACUGAAGUGAUAAACUCGUGUCCUUGAGCUGAUUCUGUCUGUAUCUCCUCUGUCCUCAGUACAUCCACUCUGCAGGAAUCAUCCACCGGGUGCGUGAACUCUGACCCUUCGGACUAUGAGCUCUGGGGGCUGGGCACUAGCUCUUUCUCACACUUGUUUCCAUUCAUCCUGAUCCCCACACAAAGAAGUCUCUUAACGCUAGACGGAAUGAUACGCUGUCUGAUAAAUUUGUUAUGUCCCUCAUGUCUAUACAUCUUUCUCAGAGUAGUUCAAGGGCAGAUUUUGCAGAAAUCAUCCACUAUGGCUGCAUGUAAUGACCGGGUUUAGUUCAUGAUGCCAGAUCCUGAUAAAAUCAGCGGCCACCCGGUGAAAGUUUAGGGAUCCAGAGUCUCCUGGGCCUUUAAAUGUGACCUUGAAAGCCAAAAUCUUGAUGGUUAAAAGGCUGGUUGAAUGUUUGUUUACUAACUGUCCUCUUGAUCCACAGGACCUCAAACCUGGGAAUUUAGCCAUCAACCCUGACUGUGAGCUAAAGGUACUCCAACCUGACAUUCAUCCUUUUUAUUGUGAAUUUUUCUUAUCAUAUAUCAUGUGAUUUUCAUGUAACCCUUCUGCUUUUUCUCCUUCAGAUUCUUGAUUUUGGCCUGGCAAGGCAGGCUGAUGCAGAAAUGACCGGUUACGUCGUUACGCGCUGGUACAGGGCGCCUGAGGUCAUCCUCAACUGGAUGCACUACACACAAAGUGGUAAAACUUCACAUUUCACAUUUUGAGUUCGAGAGAGAGGGCAGGAAGAAACUCAACUGACCUGUUUCUUAACCUAGAUUCAGAGAGGAAAAUUAUGUUUGAUCUCUGUUGCAGUGGAUAUCUGGUCGGCUGGUUGCAUUAUGGCAGAGAUGCUGCUGGGAAAGCCGCUGUUCAAAGGAAAUGAUCGUAUCCUUUAUUGCAUACAGCUCUGACAUGGAUAUUUUUCAUGCACGGACAUGAUAUGAUAUGUACGCACCACAGAGGAGUCAUCUGCGUCUUCAUGACCUGCCAAUUUAGCUCAUUUCCUCUUAAAAUCAUGUAGUCAGUUCCUGCCGGUAGACACUCACUUAAAUGAUAAAAUCAACACAGAGGAUGUUUCUUAACCACAGGAACUGCCAGACCUCGAUCAGCUCAGAGAAAUCAUGAAGAUAACAGGAACCCCGACUCCUGACUUUGUUGUGAAGCUACAGAGCCAAGAUGUAAGUCGCAGAGGUUUGCGCAGUAUAAACGUGUCUUCUUCCUCGGAUGAACUGUUUGAUUGUUGAUGUAUUUUGGGUUGAAUAUCAUCCCGAGGUGACUCACUCUGCUGCGCUAUUGUUGAUGCAUCAUUACAGAAAGACAGCCAGGAAACAGUCACAGUGUGUUUUCUCCAGCCACCACUUCUUUUCUUUUCUAUCUCUUAUAUCCUCUGAGUUUUAUUUUGUGAGAACGUCACCCUUGGAGGAUUUCCUAAUUUGCUGUGCUUCUCAGAGACUCAUGAUGCAGACAAUAAGCAUCAAAACAAAAUCUCGUCCUUACCUGGCUUGUCUCAGACUGAUGAAAAUCCUUUUGUACACCUGCCGUCUCUCUGCUUCCUUCCCCAACAGGCCAAAAACUACAUCAGAAGUUUGCCAAAAGUGCCAAAAAAAGACUUGCACACCAUUUUCUCCAAAGCUAGCUCAAACGGUAAAUGAAGAUAUGUGUCUUUUCAAUUCACCUCGAUGUUUAUGUGAUAAAUUCUGCCUUGCUGAUUCUGAUUUGUGUACCUGCAUCGCAGCUGUAUGCGUCUUGGAGAAGAUGCUACUUCUUGACCCUGAGCGGAGGGUGAGUGCGUCAGAGGCGCUUGAACUGCCUUUCUUCAGUGAGUUCAGAGACGUCGAGGAGGAGACUGAAGCGCUGCCCUACGAUCAGACCAUGGACAACCUAGAUCUGCCGCUGGACCAGUGGAAACGUAAGAAAUGGGGGAGAAGCAUGUAAAGAUGAACUUUGAUUUUACAUAGCUUUAAAUUUCAUUCUACGCUCUUUAAGAUCAUUAUUUUAGUUCACUUUGAGGACUCUCAGCUAUACCUUAUUUCCUUAUUUGCAAAGUAAAGGUACACCCAUUAAUGAAGCUGAUUAAAUCCAUUCUUACGUAAUCUGAUCAAAUCAGCAUCCCCCUCUUAAUGCUGCCAUCUUUAAUGACAAAUAUAUCACCCGUGUUUGAAAUCUAUAAUUUUGUGACCAGUCAAAUUCAAAUAGACAAAAUCUGUACUGUCCUGGAUGCGAUAUUUUUUUUUUGUUUGACGGUAGGGGAAAGUCCCGCCUUGUUUGCCUCUGAUUGGCUAGAAAAGCUGGAACUGUCAUCACACGCUCAAGCCAAACGCGGGAUGUCGGCUCUGUACAUUGAACAGAACAUAACAGAACAUUAUCUCAAUUCUGAAUCUCCUAACUAUAAAGCUAAUCCCAAUCCUAACCCUAACCCCAAUUCUUACCCUAAUCCUACCCAUAACCUGACAGACAAUGAUGUUUCACUGCCAAAAGGAACAACCAAUGGGAGCCCAGCACUUCUAGCCAAUCAGAGGCGAGGGAGGCAGGACUUUCCCCCUACCGUCCUACAAAAAAAUAUAUAAAGUACUGGACACUGAUCCCCUCUGUGCUGUUGCAGUACCUGCUCUCUGCAAGUAGAGGUCACUGAGGAGCAGCCUGCAGAUUAAGUACACAGAAGCUUCCUUUAACUGUUUGUCCCAAAAGAGGAAAGAGAGUGAAAAAUAAAAGUUAUGUGAAAUAAAGGAGGAACUUUUGAGCGUGAAGUUAUCAAGCUCCAUGACCCUCUCUCUUUUUUUGGGGUUUGCAGGUCACACCUUCACAGAAAUCCUGACCUUCAGGCCUCCCAGGGACUCCAGAGAGACUUCACUCUAACAGCACACACACACACACACACACACACACACACACACACCUAAACUUUGUACAAAUGUUUCUCCUACUCUUGAUUGCUAUUUUAUACUUGUGUAGAAUUAAUUGAUAUUAUUAGUUUGUUCAUUCUUCUUCCAUUAAAUGUGAUUUUUGAGAGAAUCUGU